AAGCCACAAAAUUCCGCUGAUUUCACUCGUAACCUAAGUGAAACCUAACCUUUCUGCGCGAAGGCAGAAUUGUCAGUCACCUUGUCAGUUUCGCGAGGAAUAAACGAACUGUUAAUAAAUAAGGCGAUUUAAUAAAGACGCAAAGAUGCCGGACCAUUUAGGAGAAGAUAUGCGAAAAGUGAAGAACGAGGAAGAGAAGGAAGAAAAGGAGAUAAAAUCGUUGGACGAAGGAGACAUCGCUUUGUUGAAAACUUAUGGCCAAGGACAAUACACAAAGAGUAUUAAAGCUGUCGAAGAGGAUAUUCAAACUAUCAUUAAGCGUGUGAAUGAAUUAACUGGUAUCAAAGAAUCGGAUACUGGUCUGGCACCACCAGCACUUUGGGAUCUAGCAGCGGAUAAACAAACUUUACAGAAUGAACAACCGUUACAAGUGGCACGCUGCACCAAAAUUAUAAAUGCAGAUUCUGAUGAUCCAAAGUAUAUAAUAAAUGUGAAGCAGUUUGCGAAAUUUGUAGUCGACCUAGCGGAUUCUGUGGCACCAACUGAUAUAGAGGAAGGCAUGAGGGUAGGAGUGGAUCGUAAUAAGUAUCAAAUUCAUAUUCCAUUGCCAUCCAAAAUUGAUCCUACUGUAACAAUGAUGCAAGUUGAAGAGAAGCCUGAUGUCACUUAUAGUGAUGUCGGUGGCUGCAAGGAGCAAAUUGAGAAAUUGAGAGAAGUUGUUGAAACACCACUAUUACAUCCAGAGAAAUUUGUUAAUCUGGGUAUUGAGCCACCAAAAGGCGUAUUGCUGUUUGGACCACCAGGUACAGGGAAGACUUUAUGUGCCAGAGCGGUGGCUAACAGGACAGAUGCCUGUUUUAUUCGUGUAAUUGGUUCAGAAUUAGUCCAGAAGUAUGUUGGUGAAGGUGCUAGAAUGGUAAGAGAACUAUUCGAGAUGGCACGAAGUAAGAAGGCUUGCUUGAUCUUCUUCGACGAAAUCGAUGCCAUCGGUGGUGCCCGCUUCGACGAUGGUGCCGGCGGCGAUAACGAAGUGCAACGUACUAUGCUUGAACUAAUUAAUCAAUUAGAUGGAUUCGAUCCGCGCGGUAACAUAAAAGUUCUAAUGGCAACGAAUAGACCGGACACGUUGGAUCCUGCGUUGAUGCGACCGGGUCGUCUGGACAGGAAGAUAGAAUUUGGUUUACCAGAUCUUGAGGGACGCACGCACAUCUUUAAGAUCCAUGCACGCUCGAUGAGUGUCGAGAGGGAUAUUAGAUUCGAACUGCUUGCUCGUCUCUGUCCCAAUAGCACAGGUGCUGAGAUUCGAUCUGUUUGUACCGAAGCUGGCAUGUUCGCGAUUCGUGCACGGCGCAAGGUUGCUACGGAGAAGGAUUUCCUUGAGGCGGUCAACAAAGUCAUCAAGUCUUAUGCUAAAUUUUCGGCAACGCCCAAGUACAUGACUUAUAAUUAGAAUGCAUUUGUGAUCCGUUUGAUUUUCAUGUCUGAUAAUUUAAUAUUAACGUAUUAUAAGUCUUACAAUAAUUUCUAUCUAUUUUGUGGAUAAAUCAAGAAACAAUUUUGUUCUAAUAAACUGUUGUUUUCUGAUUUUCACAAAAAUGUGUUAUAAUCCCAAUAACUUGACUUUUCUACGCAUGUAAAUUUUCGAAUUUUAUUUUAAUCGGUCCAUCAGGUAUAUUUAUUAGGAACGAAAGUGAACCAAGAUCAGAUUUUCCACACCAUGUAAACUUCAAGUUUCUGCAUAUCUACAAAGAAAGCAUUAAAUUAAAUUAAAUUAUAA